GACGCUGGUCCUUCAAAUAUUUCGCAUCCGGAUCAUCUUCAUUGUUUUUUUUUUUCUUUCGGGACGGAGGCCAGCGGUGUCUGCAGUCAGCUCACGUCAGACCGCAUCAAAACACCCAAACAUCGAGCACAGAUACAAGGAUUUACAGGCCCAUUGUGACUGCAGGCUCUCAGUCCACCAUGGCCCAAAACCAGGUGAUCCUGCAGUUUCGGUUUGCUACAUUCGGAGACUCCAUGCUGCAGAAGAUGAACCUGCUUCGCCACCAGAGAAGAUUUUGCGACGUAACUGUCCGCAUUAACCACCUAGACGUCUCAGGACAUAAAGUGGUUUUCGCUGCUGGUUCUUCUUUUUUGAGAGAUCAAUUUAUCCUGCAGCAAGAUUCCAGGGAGGUCCAAAUAUCCAUGAUCCAAGAAGCUGAGGUGGGUAGGCAACUGCUCUUGUCUUGCUAUACUGGACAGCUAGAAUUCCCCGAAUUAGAAUUGGUACAUUAUUUGACAGUAGCCAGCUUUCUUCAAAUGGGGCACAUUGUGGAGCAGUGCACGCAGGCACUAAGUAAAUUUAUCAAGCCUCAUACAUCACGCCAGCUAGCUGUGGAUUUGAGGAGGGAGAAAAUCAAGGAAGCAUCUCCGCUUGCUUUGAGGGAGCAAAUGCAUGAUGACCAGCUAAUUCAGCAAAUCGAGGAUGAAGAUUCGAAUCACGCUGAAGACGAAGAAGAGGAUGAUGAUGAUGAUGAUGUGAUAAUCGAGCCCAAAACGCCACCCACAUUUCAAAACAGACAACCCAAACAUGUUGAAGAGGGUGAUAUUGCUAUAGUCAAAGUGGAAUCUGUAUCCGAAAUUGAAGAAAACGCGAUCACGGGUCAAUUUCCAACUAGUCCGGUCGCUUCCAUGAGAUCUCCUGAACCACAGCAUUCACUUAUCAAUUCAACAGUGGACAGUAGAGGAAGUGACAUCACCCUCCCUCCUGCUCUGUCGAACUAUACCUUAAGCCCACCUCCGUCUUCCCCAUCCAACGAAAAAUCUCACCAAAGAGGGUACGACAAGCCGCCACAGUGGUACCACCAAUGCCCAAAGUGCGCAAGGGUUUUCCGGCAACUGGAAAACUAUGCCAACCAUCUGAAAAUGCACAAACUGUUCAUGUGCCUGCUCUGUGGCAAAACAUUUACACAGAAGGGGAACUUGCAUCGGCACAUGAGGGUGCACGCGGGCAUCAAACCCUUUCAGUGUAAAAUUUGUGGAAAAACGUUUACUCAAAAGUGUUCGUUGCUUGAUCAUUUGAAUCUUCACAGUGGGGAUAAGCCACAUAGAUGCAACUACUGCGAUAUGGUGUUUGCUCAUAAGCCUGUGUUAAGGAAACAUCUCAAACAAAUACAUGGAAAGAACAGUUUUGAUAAUGCCAAUGAGCGCAGCCUACAUGAAGGCAUGGAUUUUGACUUUGGACGAAUUUGAGACAAUUUUUUUAUUUGAAGGGCUGAAUAUUUAUAUGUUUGUAUAAGAAUUCUAAAAUCCAUAAGUGAUGUAAUAUAAAGCUAGAUAAUUGCACUUUAGUAUCCCAAUUAAAAAAAAAACAGGGGCAUUGGAUGUCAUGACGGAUGUAAUAUUUACUGAAUUUGAAUUCCUUGUCUCAUUCUAUUUCAUACAAAAACAAGUCUGGUAAAGAGUUUUAAUCCUAGUGGUAGGAUACUACUAUUCUAGUACUAAUUAUUAAUAGUCAGUCAUUGCACUGGCUAACCAAGUCAAAUUAAAAUGGUAUAAAAUGAAACAUCUCCAUUGGAUUGUGUGAUCGGUGGUGUAGUCAUAAUCAAAUGAGGCAUGUGCCUACUCAAGUCACAUCAUUAUGCUGUAAGUUUAGUGACAGUACUCAAAAACACACUUUCUUUAAAAAACUUACCUCAAGUAACAAGGUACUGUCAGAUUGGGGUAGAGAAGCUAAAAACUUUUUUUAAUGCUAUUACUGUUCAUAUUAGUCUGAUUUCUAUAUUUCUAUGUCUGUCAUUAACAUGUGGAGGACUUGCAAAUUCCUUAGUUAUCCAGUCAAAGGCUUACAUUCCUUUGCUAACUAUUCUGCCACCAUGUGCCCCCCCCCCCCCCCCCCCCCCCCCCCCCCUUACAUACAGAUACAUACUAUUGCUUUAAAAAGCAAGUUUAUGUAGCUAUUACUAUGGACUGUUCUUGUGGCAUGAUGUUGCUGCCUUUAUAUUUUACUUGAACCAAAAGCGCUUAAGGUACGAAAGUAGCUGUAUAUAAUUAGUUAUAAAGGUACUAUAUUAUGCUAACUUGCCAGGAAAUGCUCCCUUUUUAUUUUAAAUCCACACUUUCACUUGAACCUCUUCCGUCCUCAGUGCGUAGCAUUUUGUAUGUCCAAAUUCAAGGCUGAAUGACUUUUACUUGUUAGAAUCAGAAAAUUGUAAUACAAUACUUUAAGCUCUAAAACACAAAAUACCAACGCUAGCGUGUCCAAAGGUAGUUCAAAAAGGCACAAUAAUGCAUAAUAUAGGAUCUUUUAAUGUUUUAUGUCUAUAGUACAUAUUGUAUGGACCAAAAUAUCACAAAAUGAAUGAAAAUUGUGGUGUCUGCUUGCUUGUCUAUUAUUGUUAUUAGUUUGGUGCAACAGUGUAAUUCAUGUUGAUUGCUAUAUGGACCUGCCUUUUUUCUGUAUGUGCAAACAAUCAACAUUAGAAUUUUUAACAAUUUUUCCCUCUAACUAUUUCAGCCAUAUCUCUGCUGGUUUUCCAUGUGUACAAUCUUACAGAUCAUUUAAAAAAAAACGUCAAGCAAAUCUUUAGUUCAGUUGCUAGUGUUAAAUAUCGUGUAGCCAUUAAAACUUGCCUGAACAGUUAAGUACUAUUGCUAAACCAAAAAGAUGUGUUCAAAUGUGUGUUGAACCAGUGUGUUUCUGUGUGGUGUCAUGUGGUAAUAAAAGUUGAUGUGAAAAGGGAAAUUGUGUGUAUGCAGG